AUGUACCAAUACCAACAACAAUCGAAUUUCCAACAACAAUCAAAUUACCAACAACAACAGUUUCAAAAUGGGGGGAAUUUCCAAUACCAAAAUACUGGUAUUGGUUAUAUGAAUAGUGGUAUCAAUAUCACUGGUGGUGGAAAUAUGAACAAUAUGAACAAUAUGAACAAUAUGAACAAUAUGAACAAUAUGAACAAUUUCAAUAAUAUGAAUAAUAUGAAUAAUAUGAAUAAUAUGAAUAAUAUGAACAAUUUUAGUAACAUGAGCAAUAUGAAUAACAUGGGCAUCAAUAAUAAUAAUAAUAAUAAUAACGUUAACAAUGGUAUUAAUAAUAAUGGAGUUUUACAACCACAAAUUAAACAACAACAAUCAUUUCAAAAUUCAAGUGGAUUUUCAAACAACAAUUCAAAUAAUGGUAUAAACAAUGGAAUGAAUAAUAAUAAUAAUAGUAAUAAUAAUAACAAUAAUAACUCAUUUUAUCAAAAUAAUAUGCUUCAAGGAUUUCCAAGUAAAUUACCAAUGUCAAUGGAACAACAACAAAAUUCUUUAUUAAACAAUUCUGGUAAUAUUACACCAAAUAUUGUACAAUAUAAUAAUAACAAUAAUAAUAAUAAUAAUAAUAAUGGUAUAAUUCCAGCAAUUAGUAACGAAUCAAAAGCUCAAUAUAUAAAUGUAUUUUAUAAAAUUGGAGCUAGUGAUGGCAGUAAAUUAUCUGGUUUAGUUGCAAAACCAAUUUUCCAAAAAUCUGGUUUAUCAAAUGAUAGUUUAUCACUUGUUUGGAGUUUGGCAGAUAUCGACAAAGAUGGUCAUUUGGAUAGAGAAGAGUUUUGUUUAGCAAUGCAUUUAAUUUACGCAAUUAAAAAUGGUAUAUCAUUACCAUCAGAGUUACCAAAACAUUUAGUUCCUGAUACAAAAACUAUUUAUAAUAUUUCAUCACCAACAACUAUGAAUGAUUGGCAAUCAUUCCAACAAACUUCAGUUCAAUUUAAUCCAUCAUCAUCUUCAUCUUCUCCUAAUGUAAUUCAAGCUCAAUUUCAACCACAACAACAACAACAACAAUCAUUUUUCACACAACCAAAUAGUGAAUUUAUUCCAGCAAGUUAUGUUCCAAAAUCAAAUGUACCAGGUAGCGCAAUCUCUUUUGAACAAAGAGUUGCAUUAUCAAGUGAUUUGGAUGCUGCACUUGCUAAAAAAAGGCAAAACCAAAAAUUUUAA